AUGAUAAAUCCACUAGAAGAAAACUUAGGAGAAAAUAUUCACAAUAUUCAGGUAGGUAAAGAUUUCUAUAACAGAACCUGGAAGCACAAAUUACAGAAGAAAAAGAGUAUAAAUUUAACUUCAUCAAAAGAGACUACAAAGGCAUGCUAUAAAUGUGAAAAAUAUCAUCUUGGGUUAUGCUAUGACAUCAUGAAGACCUGUACCCUAAAGUACCAACAGUCCUGUGCUGUUGAGAACCUUUACUUCCUUACAAGAAAAGGGCGGAGUAUGUAUUAUUAUUCCAAACUGUCAUGUAUGACCAAUUGUGAGGACAUCAACUUCUUGAGUUUUGAAAAAAGAACAGAGCUCAUAUGUUGCAAACAUAAUAACUAUUGCAACCUCCCUGAGGGAGUCUAG